CACAUGGCCUUGGACACAGCGGAUCACCGAUCACGGAAAGAGCCGAAAAUGUCGGCUCGGUCAUGUGAUCAGCUGUGUCCAAUCACAGCUGAUCACAUCUGUCACGCUGACAGAGGCUCGAGAGGAAAGCCGGUAAUCGGCUUUCCGCGGAGGGGACAUGUACACUGAUCAUCAGGGCACUGAUGAUCAGUGUGCCCUGAUGAUCAGUGUAGCCCCAGCAGUGCCACCUGUCAAAGUCCAUCAGUGCCAGCUGUCAGUGCCGAUCAGUGCCACGUGCCAGUGCCUAUCAGUGCCACAUCAAUGCCACAUAUCAGUGCAUACCAGUGCACAUCAAUGGCACAUAUCAGUGCCCAUCUGAGCUGCCUUUCAAUGUCAUCCAUCAGUGCCAGUCAGUGCCACCUAUCAGUGCUGACAAUCAGUGCCGCCUAUCAGUGCCAGUCAGUGCCGCCUAUCAG